GGAGCGCGCGGGCCGGGCCGGGCGCGCGCGCGUGCACGCAGCCCCGGAGCGCUCGGCCGCGGGCUCGGCGCCGCAUCGGCCGGUGCAGCGCAGCGCGGCGCGGUGCCUCCGGGCCGGCCAGCUCCAGCGGCCGUUGAGGACAAAGAGGUGUGAGCCCCCCCGGGCCAGCUGGUGCCACCAUGGCGGAGAAAGUGAACAACUUCCCCCCGUUGCCCAAGUUCAUCCCUCUGAAGCCAUGUUUCUACCAAGACUUCGAGGCUGACAUCCCUCCACAGCACCUCAGCAUGACCAAGCGUCUCUACUACCUCUGGAUGCUGAACAGCGUCACGCUGGCCGUGAACCUGGUGGGCUGCCUCGCGUGGCUGAUCGGAGGCGGGGGAGCCACCAACUUUGGCCUCGCCUUUCUCUGGCUCAUCCUCUUCACACCCUGCUCCUACGUCUGCUGGUUUCGGCCCAUUUACAAGGCCUUCAAGACCGACAGCUCCUUCAGUUUCAUGGCGUUCUUCUUCACCUUCAUGGCUCAGAUGGUCAUUAGCAUCAUCCAGGCUGUGGGCAUCCCCGGCUGGGGUGUCUGCGGCUGGAUCGCCACCAUCUCCUUCUUCGGCACGAACGUCGGCUCGGCCGUGGUGAUGCUCAUCCCCACCGUCAUGUUCACGGUCGUGGCCGUCUUCUCCUUCAUUGCCCUCAGCAUGGUCCAUAAGUUCUACCGGGGCAGUGGGGGGAGUUUCAGCAAGGCGCAGGAGGAGUGGACCACAGGGGCAUGGAAGAACCCGCACGUGCAGCAGGCGGCCCAGAACGCGGCCAUGGGUGCGGCCCAGGGCGCCAUGAGCCAGCCACAGACGCAGUACUCCGCCACCCCCAACUACACCUACUCCAACGAGAUGUGAGCUGCCCGCGCCCGCCUGGAGGCCCGGCCGGGUGCCGAGAGCCAGUGGGGGGCUCCGGCCACAUCCUCUCUUGUGACCAAGCAGGGUUCCCCUUUCCUUCCUCUCCUCCCCCCACUUUGUACAAAGAAUCAGAGUUCUAUAUAUAUAUGUACAUA